AGCCAGAACAACAGCUCAGUUAGCUGUCCACUCGUUUUAUAUUCUUUUUCUUUUGUUUUUAUUUUUUUCCCUCCUCUGUGAAAUCUCCAGAACAGCAAAGUAAGAGGGAGAGAGAAUAAUUCCACAUUGAAAUCCCAUAUUCUUUGAUUUUGACUCCACAUUGAUUUUUCUUCUGUUCUUUCUUGGGAAAAAAUUUGUAGAAAGUUAGACUCUCGUCAUUGUUGUUGUUAUUCUUAUUAUUAUUUCUUUUGUUGGUUCGGAUUUUUGAGGAGGAAAAUAAACAUUCUUGAAAGAGUUUGAGUUAUCUGGUUUCAUUUUUUGGGAGAGAUCUAGGAUUCACUUCCUUCAUUACAAGGUAUUGGCAGAUUCUUAAUUUUCCCGCAGCCGGGGAACCGGUGAGCUAAGUUUUCUUGAAUUGCAAGAGUUUUAAGAUUCAUUCAUUCAUGGGCAGAAGUUAUUUCUUUUAAGAGACGCCAUUGAUUCAGCAAAGAAGGAGAAUAAAACUGGAAGGUUUUAGAAGUUUACGCGCUCUUUCUUUCUCUCUCCGUGUACGCGUGGCUGUUGGGAUUGGACUCGUGUAAUGCUGUGGUGGAAGCAGUCUGAAACUCUAUCAGGAACAGAGUCGAACAGCUUUGUCUCAGAUGAGUCUCUAUGAUUUCUAACACAGAUCUUCAAGAAUCACGCUUUCUAGUCCUAGAGAUCUGAGGCUCUUUUGCCUGAAAAGUGUCCUAAAUUUUGCAACCGAUACAAGCAACAAGGCGUUUUAAAAAAUGAUGAGAAUGAAGACUAAACCGACAGGGCUGUCGCAUAUGAAUGGCGGCUCAAGAGCUGGCGGCGGUGGCGGAGGUGAGUCUGGGGCUGAGUGGGAGCUUAGACCAGGAGGAAUGGUGGUACAGAAGCGAAACCCGGACUCAGAUCGGAGCUCUAUCCCACCUCCGACAAUAAGAGUUAGGGUUAAGUACGGGUCAACGUAUCACGAAAUCAGUAUUAAUUCCCAAGCUACAUUUGGGGAGUUGAAGAAAAUGUUGACAGGGCCAACCGGACUGCACCAUCAAGACCAAAAGCUGUUUUUCAAAGACAAAGAGAGGGAUUCAAAUGCAUUUCUUGACAUGUCUGGAGUGAAGGACAAGUCCAAGAUUGUGCUAGUUGAGGACCCAAUUAGCCAAGAAAAACGUUUCCUUGAGAUGAGAAGGAAUGCUAAGAUGGAGAAGGCUUCAAAAUCCAUCUCAGAAAUCAGCCUCGAGGUUGAUAGGCUGGCCGGCCAGGUCUCGGCUCUUGAAUCUGUAAUUUCUAAAGGAGGGAAAGUAGCAGAAAAAACUGUGCUUAAUUUGAUUGAGUUAUUAAUGAAUCAAUUGCUCAAAUUGGAUGGAAUUAUGGCUGAUGGGGAUGUGAAAUUACAAAGGAAAAUGCAGGUGAGAAGAGUCCAGAAGUAUGUAGAGACUCUAGAUAUAUUGAAGAUGAAGAACUCCAUGGCUAAUGGCAAUGGCAAUGGCAAUCAGAUACCAAUGCAGCAUCAGCAAAAGCAUAAUUCAAAUGGACAGAGACUAGCCCCAAUUCAAGAACAACCACUCAUUCCAAUAGAAGAGGAGCAACCAAGGCAAUUGCCGGCUAACCAUCAUCAUGAGCGGCAGAGUUCAACAUCUGGGGCAGUUGUUGUUACUACACAAUGGGAAAUCUUUGAUUCUGCCCCUGGAUUAUUGCCUGUCACUUCAGCAUCCACGUCCACCUCAACAUCAGCCACAAAUAAUAAUAAUAAUUCAGUUCAUCAACCCAAGUUCCCAUGGGAUUUCUUUAACUAGGCUCUAUGCUACAGCCACUUAGAUGUUUUCUUCCAAUGUGUGUGGAUGUGCUUUGAGUUUGUCUCCAGUUGGUUUGGUAUCAUCUCCAUUCUUUAAUGUAUUUAGAUUUGUUAGCCUCUAUAAAUCUACCAUUCAAGUCGAGAAAUAAAUGGGAUCGAUAGUUCAUAUUACCAUAAA